AUGUCUACAACAGUCAGGCCGUAUCUCCCUCCCGAAGAACUGAAAAGAGAAGAAGAUGCCUCAACCGCCCGUGAACUCGCCUGGCUCCUUGACUCCCUUCAAGAGACACUCGCCUCUCUCAAAUCUGGCCUAGAAGAUUGCUAUGCACUACUUGCGCCUAUAGAGCCGGGCUCUACACUUGUGAUGAGUAGCCCUAGGAGUGAGAAUGUGAAAGGGCAUGUUACGAGGGUUGGGGAUGCAGUUGUUAGAGGGACCCUCCACCUCCGCCUCAAAACCCUCCCCCAUAUCGACCUCACCCUCCAACCCACAAAUCCCCUUCCCCUCCCAACCCUCUCCCACCUACGUACCCUCCUCAAUCAAUCCCUCGACUGCAUAGACAUCACCCGCUGGACCGGCGACCGCCACUCCGCCCCCUUCAUCUCCUCCCAGCUCCUCCUCCUACACUCCAUCCUCCGCGAAGCCCUCCUCAUAACCCGGCCCGCCGUCCUCGAAGCCCCAGACCCAGAACACGGCACCGUAAUCCCCACACAUAGUCCUCCUCACAGCCACGGCAAUACCGGUGUCAAUACUCCCACAGCCCUAGCUUCAGCAUCAACAGCCGGGGACUCGACUGGCUUAGAUUGGGCACACACACCCACCUCCCCUCUACACUUCAACCCCCCUCUUCCCCCCUCUCUAAGUCUGACACUCACCCCCUCAUCCACCUCCCUGCUCCUCACACUCCGCGUCCUCGAACCAGCUAUCAACGCCUCACAUCUGGGCUCGCGCUUUGCGCAUGCGAUUGGUGCACAGAGACGCUUGGAACACGAUGAGAUGGAUGGGGUGUAUAUGUUUAGGGGGGAGGAGGUGAGGGUUAAGGAGAAGGUCGUGGUGGAGAGUAGUGCGGAUCCGAGCCUAUUAAGCUUGGGUGCGAAACUCGGGGCGCUGGAACGGGGUGUGGGAGGGAUGAGGGAGGCGCUGAGGGCGGUGAUGGGUGUUGAGGGGGAGGAGGAGGAGUAG